GGGUCGGCCCCGCGCGUCGCGGACCUGUAGGAGCUGAAAGCGUAGGGCCUGGUUCGGCGGCCGUCUGCCUGAGAGUCGGUGGUCUGUGAGGGCCGGCGUGUCCACCAUGUUCUGCGAGAGGGCCAUGGAGCUGGUCCGCGAGCUGCACCGCGCGGCCGAGGGAAGGCUGCCGGCCUUCAACGAGGAUGGACUCAGGCAAGUUCUGGAGGAGAUGAAAGCUUUAUAUGAACAAAACCAAUCUGAUGUGAAUGAAGCGAAGUCAGGUGGACGAAGUGAUUUGAUACCAACCAUCAAGUUUCGACACUGUUCUUUGUUAAGAAAUCAGCGCUGCACUGUAGCAUACCUGUAUGACCGAUUGCUUCGGAUUAGAGCACUCAGGUGGGAAUGUGGCAGUGUCUUGCCAAGUGCUUUACGAUUUCACAUGUCUGCUGAAGAAAUGGAAUGGUUCAAUCAUUACAAAAAGUCCCUUGCUACCUACAUGAGGUCAUUGGGAGGAGAUGAAGGUUUGGACAUCACACAGGAUAUGAAACCGCCAAAAAGCCUAUAUAUAGAAGUGCGGUGUCUAAAAGACUAUGGAGAAUUUGAAGUUGAUGAUGGUACUUCAGUCCUAUUAAAAAAAAAUAGCCAGCACUUUCUACCUCGGUGGAAGUGCGAGCAGCUGAUUAGACAAGGCAUUCUGGAGCACGUGCUAUCGUGACCUCGCACCAGAUGGCUGCCAAGGCUUCCCCCGUUUGAGGCUGGACCCAACCAAGGACACUUCUCCAACUCCCUCUCCACCUCCCCCAGGCCCACCACUUUUUGGUUUUAAAAUUUAGACUUUCUUUAACCAGGAAUGCUUGGCCAAGGAGUAUGGUUUGUUUUUCUUUUUUUUCAUUUGAACCUGAGUUUCUCUUUUAUUUAAUUUCCAAAUAUAAUUCUAUAACCUUC